UACUGUAGCACUUCAUGUUUAACACUUUGCUAAUCAGGUCAAAGGCCAACCUAUGCCAGCUUCCUUUAGUUGCUGUACAUGGAGUUUGGGGUUCAAAAUCAAUCAGGAAGGAACAAAAAAGACACCAUACUAUUUCAGCUACGUUUUUUGCCAACGUGUUGGUCCGGCACCAGGAUCAUGUUUUUCCCAACUUCAAGACUGAAUGAAAAGGAUGUCGAGCAAGUCCAACGUUUCUUACGUUCCUUUGUGCUUCCUUGAUGACUGUGAUCCUUUCAGCCGUUUCAGUUGCCACGGGGGGACCCUGUGACCAGACUUGAGCCAUGCUUUCAACCUACAACCCUGCGCAGCCAUGCGCCCCACCCACUGCUCUGAGCAGAUCCAGCGCAAGGCCACACAGCGCCGCACCGCUGCGAGGCGCCUCUGGUGCCGCGGCGCUCGCGGUGCCACUGGCAGUGCGUCAGGUGCGACGAAAGGCUCGAAACCUCCGAGCCACCUCUUCAGAGCUGCGGGAGCUCGCCAAAGCGAAUUUGUUGAACAACUACGGCGAGCGGCAGAUGAUUUUCCGAGAAGGUCAAGGCCAUAUCCUCAAGGACAACGAUGGUGAGUCCUUCUUGGAUUUUACAGCAGGCAUUGCAGUGAAUUGCUUGGGCCACAGUGAUGAAGGUUGGGCCCAAACAGUAGCGGAGCAAGCCAGCAAGUUGUGCCACACUUCCAACCUUUACUUGAAUGAGGAGCAGAUCCGUUUGGGCCAACGCUUGGUUGAGCUGUCCUUUGCUGACAAGGCGUUCUUUUGCAACUCUGGCACCGAAGCCAACGAGGCAGCGAUCAAGUUUGCACGGAAAUAUCACUUCUCUCGAGGGGAAGCACGUAGCAAAUUCCUUGCCUUUGAGAAUGCUUUCCACGGACGAACAAUGGGUGCUCUCGCUUUGACUUGGAAGGAAGGCUACAAAAAGCCCUUCGAGCCGCUCAUGCCUUCAGCAGGUUUCAUAAAAUACAAUGACAUGGACAGUCUGGAUGCAAUUGACGAGGCCUCGGAAUUGGCUUUUCGAUCAGCCAAUCGGUUCCAGCGCCUCAAACACAACUCAUCGACGGGGUUCGUGGAGCCUAUCCAGGGCGAAGGUGGUGUUGUGCCUGGCUCCAAAGAGUUCCUGCUGGCGCUUCGCAAGAGAUGCGACGAGACAGGCACACUACUGAUCUUUGAUGAGGUGCAGUGCGGCCUUGGGCGGAGUGGCAAACUCUUCGCUUACGAACUCUCAGGGGUUCUACCUGACUUGAUGACCUUGGCCAAGCCGCUGGCGGGUGGGUUGCCCAUUGGGGCUGUGCUCCUCACAGAGGCUGUCGCAUCCUGCAUCUCUCCUGGUGACCAUGGGAGCACUUUUGCAGGUGCCCCACUGGUUUGUGCCGCCGCUCGGUAUGUCCUGGAUCAAGUGAGCAAUCCAGAUUUCUUGGAGAAUGUUCGAACCACUGGUUCCCACCUCAAAGCAGGCCUGGAGAAGAUCUGUGACCCACAAGGUUUGCAAGUCCGUGGCACUGGAUUGCUCAUAGGUGUCGUGUUCCCCACAGCGGAGCAAUGUGGCGCAGUGCAGAGGGCCGCAGCUGCGGAGAUCGGGCUUCGUCGUGGGUUCAGUUUUUUCAGAGGUUCGGUCGAUGGCGAGUUCGCAAGCGAAGCUGGGGGAGACUGCAUUGUAAGUUACGUUUUGUGGCUUAGUAUUUUGAUGUAACAAGAACGCUACUAGGGGCUCCUGGCCUUACUACUACUAGGAGCAAGGACGCUACUAGGGGCUCCUGGCAUCGCUACUAGGAGCAUUCUUACUGUGAACGGAACAAGAAUGUGUAAUUUAUUUUGCAAUUUCGAUGUUUUGGCGAUCGAAAGAUGCCAGAAAGAUUGAAUUGCAGUUUGCGGCAGGAGAAAUUGCUGGUUUUGACUGCUGGUGCUGGCAACAUUCUUCGGAUUGCGCCCGCAUUGACGGUGACGCAGGCAGAUGUGGACGAAGCCUUGGAGAGGCUAUCGAAAGCAUUGGAAAGCGUCCUUGUUGAAGCUGAAGCGCAAGCGGCGUAAGGUGAGCUGCUGCAGUUUGGUGUUUUUGUGCCCCAACAGAGGGCCAAUCGCCUCGAUAUGUACAGUGUCGCAGUGGAAAAGCUGAGUCUCAGAGUCUCAGAGAUAGUUGCGUUGAAUGUACUACUGCGACGGCUCCAUUUGUGCCAAGGCGCGAUCCGAAAGUGAGACAAAAAAGGCUUUAUUGUUACUAGUAGCAAGAAUGCUACUAGUAGUAAGGCCUGGAGCCCCUAGUAGCGUCCUUGCUCCUAGUGCCUUCAAAAGCGUG